UCAGAAAAGUUUUAUAGUAAAUUAUAUGUAAUAUUUAUAAACCUUAGCGCAUGGGAGCGCCGCCAGCGUAAGUAUCGCGAUAGAUGCGGAGCAGCAGAAAAGGUCGUUGAAGUGGUAAGCUUCAGUCGAGACUUACGACAGCACGUGAAAAGUGGUGAUACGGUAAUUCGGUGACUGCGCGUGAGUGCUAAAAUUGAGUGAAAAGCUACGAUAGCGUACAAUAUCGUUCAUGCAAAUCUGAUGCGUCGGCAAGUGCGAAUGUGCGGCUAAGCUUUUGUUUGCCAAAAAGGCGGGAGUGCAGGUGAUACUAUGAUUUAUUGUGGAUGUGUUGAAAACAAGAAUAAACAAGAAAAAUUUGUGAGCAUCAAAUUUAUCAUAAACAAAUCUAGAACGACUCAAACACUCGUCGUGGACGGUUGAAAUUGCACGCGCAGCCAGUCAGCCGCUUCGAAUGCGAUUUAUCCCGAACGUUCAAAGUGCAAGCGAGGACGGCGUUGUUUCUUAAGUGAAUAACGAGCGUGAAAACGAAUUAAAUUCCUCACACGACUUCGGCGAAAAUCAGCAAAAUUGAAUACAAAAAUUAACCGAAAGUAACACAAAAAAGUGAAAAGUCUUUUAAUUCAAUUUAAUUGAAGUGAUCUCUGCCAAAGAUAAGCGAAAGUGAAACAAGUGAUUUCGUUACAUACACAAAGGCGCUAAACCCAGUAUGCAGCGGUUACGAUUUAAAAAUAUGUCAACAAUCAAUGUGUGUUCACUAUUUGCAAUUUUACAUUUUUGCGCACUGCUUGCGCUAAGCACAGUCUCGGCGCUGCCUUACAACUAUGAUGACAUACUCGAUUUGAGCGCCACGCGACCUGAAAGCCAACCGAAUCAGUUGCAUCUCUGGCUGACAAUUAGCGCGCGACAUCGUUAUCUGGAGGUCUCGUGGAAGAAUGCACCUGCGCUCCGCGACGAUCACAUAUUGAUCACCACACAAGAGCCGCAGAAGUUUGAACGAAUUGAGUUUACUACCGGCACGCCGCUGGCGGCUUUCGACAAUGCGGAGGGCAGUGGUUUUGUGCCAGUCGAUGGCAUCACCGAGCGCACUACUUCCUCGCCAACACGCUACUUACUCGAACGCAGACACGACACGCAUUUGAAUGCAAGCAACACCUUCGAGGGCAGUGGUUACUCAGAUGGUUUGCCGACUGAAUUGCCACGUACAGCAGCAACACCGUCGCGUCAAUAUUGGAUUUCGAAUAAUGGUGCCAAUGAUAUUGUAGCUGCGCUACAACCAGGCGCUGCCUCACAAUGGUUCACUACCGACGUGCCCUUCGAUUAUACAAUGUCCCGCAAUGUGACCGCCAAAACUGACUGCUAUGGCUACUGGGCGAGUUAUGUGAAUGGCAGCGGGGUGAUAUUGGGCAGCACUUGUUUGCGCGCUUAUCCUCGUUGGAUGCGUGAAAUGCGUACGGUAGUGGGUGGCAUGCGCUUGCGUGAUCUCUUCAUACCUGGCACGCAUGAUUCCGGUUCGUAUAGACCGAAUUUUGAUCCUCUUCUGCGUGAGACACUCGUCACUAAAUAUGCACUGACACAGGAUGAUGAUAUACGUGGUCAGUUGUUGCAUGGUGCGCGUUAUUUGGAUAUACGCGUCGGUUACUAUCGAAAUACACCCGACAAAUUUUAUAUCAAUCAUGGCGUAACGCGUCAGCGACCUCUAGCGGAAAUUAUCGAGCAAGUGAAGGAGUUUGUCUUGGAAACGAAUGAGAUUGUGAUAUUUGGGCUGAAAGAGUUUCCGGUUGGUUUCGGUAAGGGACUUGGCGUACAUCGGCUGUUGGUCAGUUUCUUACAACAACAAUUCGGUGAUAUUAUAGUUCAUCCAUCGGCAUCGUGGCGCGCCACAUUAAAUGAUAUUUGGUCACGACAGCAAAAUGUGAUUUUGGCUUACGAUAAGAGUGCAGUGGUGGCUGAAUUUCCGCACACACUGUUUGGUUCAGUGGAACAGCGUUGGGGCAACGUGCAAACAUGGACGAAUUUGGAAAAGUAUUUGCGAUCAAUUAACAAAUUUGAUGUGUCUCGCUUAUCAAGCCGUCCCGUAGCGGAUAUGGCCGAACUUACGCCCGACACGUGGGGCGUUAUACUCGAUAAAUAUGGCGGUCUGCGAAAAAUGGCCGAUCAAGUGAAUUGGCGCAUUUCACAGCUUUAUCGCGACGAUUUGGGAGCAAAUGCAAAUAUCGUAGCGGUUGAUUUUAUACGUGGCACCAGCCUGAUGAAUAUUGCCAUGGAGUGGAAUAAACGAAAAGUGCCCUACUAUUAGAGGGGGGUAGAAAUAAAAUAUAAUAUACUGAAGGAAGACGCAAAAAAAAUAAGUAAAUAUUAUUUUUAUUCAUUAGAAUAAUUAACAACUAAGAGCAAAUAACUUGGAAAAUUACCAGGAUAGGUGAAAUGGUUGAAGUAUCAGAUUGGCACUGUGAGGCAGCCUCUUAAAUUCAGACAGAUAAUUGCCGACGACUGUAUGUAUAUGGAGAAAGCAAAAGAAUAUGAAUCACUUUUAUAAAGCUUUCUACAUGUAAAUAUGUAUUUAGGAUCUUGAUAACAGUAGUGCUGCGAUCUGAGGUACUCCUAGAUAAUCAUGAUGAUUGGUCCCAAUUAUUAGCAGGUUGAGAGAAAUUAAAAAAAUGUUUUAUUUAAUUUCAGAAAGCAAUAAAUAAUUGUUCUUACUGUCUGCUUAUUACAAAAGUAAAUUUAACAAAAAAAAAAUUAAGUCAAAUUACAAUUUUUCUUACUCACUAAGUACUACAAAAAUAUCGUACUUAAAAGGUUAAAUUACAAAAGACAGUUUCAUUGGGCAGAAAAACAUAGUUUAGGUAAUGUAAAAUCGAAUUCAAUAGAACUCGAGAUCCCAUUGAGUUCAUAAAGAGGGCGAGCAAUAGGAGCAUUGCAGACAUAAUUUGUUCUGAACCUAUCGAAAUGAAACGUAUAUUUAUUUCGUAAAGAUCUGGAAGGGACCGAAAAGUUAAUCAUUUCUAGAAGAGAGGAACAGUCAAUUUCUCCCUGAUAAUAUUAAGCAAAAAAGGCAGGGACAAAAUCGAUCUUCUGCUUUGUAGCUGUUUGAGAUUAAUUAGAAGUAAACCGGAUUUAUAUGAUAGUACAGGAUCAAAGAAGUUCAGGGAAGAGGGAGCAUUUUUAAGGAAAACUUGUUGUACUCGUUUCUGUAAAUAGAGAAUUGGUGGUAAGGUCUCCAAAUAAAUACGGUUUAUUCUAAUGUAGAUCGAACAAAUGCAGUAAAUAGCAACUUAGGAGUAUAUCAUCAUCAUUGUUGGCUAGAGAACCCUGGUCGGGUCUUCGCCUGCUGUACCAAAUGCCUCCAAUUGUCUCGGUUUCGUGUCUGUGUCUUCCAUGCCCGAAAUCCCAAUAAGCAUACGUGUUCUUCUAUGCCACCUAUCCAU